AUGGAUCACCCAACACCCAAUGCCCUCCCCAACCCUCUUCUCGUGAGAACAACUCAUGAUAAAGAUGGGAAGUCUGUAUUCGUCCCCGAUCAGACCUUGACCCCCUUCCGUCCUUUUGGUCCUCAGGCCAGCGGGUUCACCAUCUUCGAUGCCCGCGCUUCUGUACCAGUCAACAACAUGGAUGUAAUCCCUUCUUUUGCUGAGCAACUUCCCCGCUGCCCUCCCAACGGCGCCAUGUUCGCUAUUAGCGACAUCGCGCCAGGUACCAACGCCCCUUGCCAUCGUACUGAGAGUAUAGACUAUGCAUGUGUACUAUCUGGCGAGAUCGUUCUCAGACUUGACAGUGGCGAGGAGAGGACACUACGAGCGGGAGAAUUUCUUGUGCAGCAAGGUACAAACCAUUCAUGGAUCAACAACACGGAAAAGCCUUGCCGUAUGGUUUUCGUCAUGAUGAGCGCAGAAAAGAUUGUUAUCAUCGAUGGAACCGUGUUGGAAGAGACGGUCUUCAAAGGUGUCCCCAAAUAA